CAUUUUUGUUUUACUUAUUUAUACAUAUGUUUUACUUUCAUUUUUAUUUAUUUAAAUAACCCAAUGUUUUAAAGUGAAGACAUCGCCCAUUCUUGGUAUUUUAGCAUAACGGUCACACUGUUAUUUUUGUUUUGCAAUGCAAAGUAAACACCGCAAACUUCUGCUGCGAUGUCUCCUGGCUUUGCCCCUCAUUCUGCUGGUGGACUACUGCGGCUUACUGACCCACCUACACGAGCUGGACUUCGAGAGGCACUUUCGUUACCCACUCAAAGAUGACACCAGCGCAUCCUCUGGACUGCAGAAAUUCUCCUACCUGCGGAUGCCCUCAUUCACGGUCGAACUGCAGGUGGAUCAGCCUCCUCGGCUCACUUUGAUGAUUAAGAGCGCCGUGGGCAAUUCUCAGCGGCGGGAGGCUAUUCGUCGGACUUGGGGUUAUGAGAGCCGUUUUUCAGAUGUCCACCUACGACGCGUGUUCGUUCUGGGCAAUGCUCAGGAGACUGAAAAGGACGUGGCAUGGGAGUCUCGGGAACAUGGAGACAUUCUUCAGGCAGACUUCACAGAUGCCUACUUCAAUAACACACUGAAAACCAUGCUCGGAAUGCGUUGGGCCAGCGAGAAUUUCAAUCGUAGUGAUUUCUAUCUCUUUGUGGACGACGAUUACUAUGUUUCGGCAAAGAACGUUCUCAAGUUCUUGGGCCGAGGACGCCAUAGCCACCAGCCGGAAUUGCUGUUUGCAGGACAUGUUUUCCAAACCUCACCGUUGCGGCACAAGUUCAGCAAAUGGUAUGUUUCAUUGGAGGAAUACCCCUUUGAUCGCUGGCCACCGUAUGUGACUGCCGGAGCAUUCGUGCUCUCCCAGAAGGCACUUCUUCAGUUGUAUGCCGCCAGUGUCCAUUUGCCCCUCUUCCGCUUCGACGACAUCUACCUGGGCAUUGUGGCCCUCAAAGCGGGGAUUUCCCUUCAACAUUGCGAAGAUUUUCGAUUCCAUCGGCCGACGUACAAAGGUCCUGAUAGCUAUAGUUCGGUCAUAGCUUCGCAUGAGUUCGGAGAUCCUGCGGAAAUGACACGAGUGUGGAACGAGUGUCGAUCCGCCAAUUACGCGUAGCGUGAAGGAUAAGCUUUCCCAUCCA